GUCACUGCUGUGGACGCUUUUCACGGGUUUCACCGUUCGGCGUUCACGUUGUCAUAUCGAGUACGCUAUUGAAUGAAUACUGUUCAAUACCGUCAUAGCGAUUGAAAUUCCUAAUAUGGCGAGUGCGAAGAAAUCAACGAAACCAUCAUCAAAAAGUACGAAAUCCAGUGAAGAGAUACUGUCAGAAUUCCAGACGCUCCGAAAUGAGCAAAGAAUGCUGGCGAAUAAACUGUCCGAAAUGGAAAUGGAAUUGAACGAACACAAAAUUGUUAUUGAUACAUUAAAGAAUGUGGAUCCUAAAAGGAAAUGCUAUAGAAUGAUUGGUGGAGUUUUAUGCGAGCGUAUAGUGGAAGACGUAAUGCCUGCUCUUGUGACUAAUAAAGAACAGUUGAUGAAGGUGAUAGAGGCAUUAAACGAGCAGGUAACGAAAAAAGGAAUCGAGAUAAAUGAGUACAAGGAGAAGCACAAUAUCAGGAUUAGGGGACAGGACGAUCUACAGCAGCAAGAGGAAGACAACAAUAACAAGGAGGCCAAGCGAAAUGCCAUCGUUGUAAAUCCGAUUGUAGAUUAGGUAUAAUAAAUAAUUGUUUUCUCCUAUUAUAUAUUAUGUAUGCUAUUUUUUGAAAUCACUGCUUGAAUAUUUAAACAUUAAAUAAAUAAUAUGUCUAAUAAAAGUAUUCUUAAUUAUAUAUAGUAAUUUGCAUCGUGUUAUAUAUUCAUGUAUCAGUUAUCACUAUAUUGAAUCUAUUCUAAAUACAUUUGAGCAAACAUUGUAAAUUUCUAAGUAAUAUACAUAUUUGUUAUACAUGAUGCAAUUAUCAAUUUUCUUUCAUGCACACUUUUUCUGUUCUUAUUACAUUUUUUUAAAGUUCCAUAAAUCAAAAAUUGAUACCAUUGUAGUUACUCGCAAUUAUAUGAAUACUAUAACUGUGAAAUAAUAAUAAAUAAAAACUUAUUUUAAU